UAAAAAAUGAAAAAAAGAAUAUUGUGGAGUAGUAAUCAUUCUCAAUAUCUAGUGAGUUGAUGGCGGGUUGGUGAUGAAGUUGACGUGUCACUGAGUUGACAACAUUUUUUUGAUUGCUUGACUGUAACAACUCUUCACAAUCUUAGAAUUCCCAUGAAAAACUACGGAACCAUUUAUAAAUUUUUGUCAGGAAAUAAUAAACAAAAAAGUCUCGCUAUCACUGCUUUUUGGUCAACAUUUGGAAUGUAAAUGACGAAGUCUCGACUCUUGAGCAAAUGAUUCAUUGUGACUUGUACCUAAUGCAUGAUAAGUUGUACACGGGGUUUUAUCCCUUUCACUCCUUAAAUAAAUAAAGUUUGAUUUAAAAAGUCAAAACACCUACAGUCGUUAAUUUUCAAGCAGUCCUAUGUAAAAUAAUUUUUUUUAAUGCAAAUUUUCUUGUGUGCCGGAAAUGAUCUUUGUUUGAAUAUCCUCACACUCUCACAGCCUGUGUUAAUUCUCCGCUUAACUUUUAGCCUCAAAACAACUUAUAUAUGAGAAAAUCAAAGUUUUUUCUUGUGAGGGAGAACACAACGAGCUCCUAUAUAAACACAAAGCUUCUUUCUUUCACAAUCAUCAAACACAAACACAAAGAAAUAAAAGUGAUUUAAAGAUGGGAAAAGAUGAUGUGAAGCUUCUAAGCAUGUGGGCUAGCCCUUUUUGCAUGAGGGUGAAGGUGGCAUUGGCAGAAAAAGAUAUUGCUUAUGAAGAGAUUUUAGAGAAUAAUUUGUUAGGUGGAAAGACCGAAUUGUUGCUAAAAUCAAACCCUGUCCACCAACAAGUUCCUGUCCUCUUGCACGACAACAAGCCCAUCCUCGAGUCCACUAACAUUAUCACUUACAUCGAUGAAGUUUGGCCUUCCAAACCCCUCUUGCCCACUUGUGCAUAUGAGAAAGCCCGGGCCCAAUUUUGGGCCGACUACAUUGAUCGCAAGGUCCAUUCGGCGGGUCGGGCCAUUUGGACUGCAAAAGGAGAAGAUGAAGUAGAGGCCGCUAAGGCAUCGUUCCUUGAUAUCCUGAAGUUCUUAGAUGGUACUUUGGCUGAAAAAGACUACUUCGCCGGGGACAACUUCGGGUUUGUGGACAUACUGCUUGUUGGUCUAACUUCGUGGUUCCCAGCCUACGAGAAAUAUGGUAGCUUUAAGGUGGAGGAUCACUACCCUAAAUUGGCGGCAUGGAUCACACGGGUCCAUGUUAGGGAGAGUGUUUCUGAAUCUUUGGCUAACCCUGAAAAAAUCCUCAACUUUGUAGUAAUGUUGAGACAAAUGUUUGGUGUUGAAUGAAUGAAGAUUGUUAUGUCAUGAAUGAUGAUGAUAUAAUAUUAUGGGUGGUGGGAUGUUUAGAUCCACUAAGAAUAAGGAGUUGGAAUAAAAUUGGUUUGAAAAUUAUCUUUGAAAACAUAAUUGUUGUCUUUGAGGGGGAGAAUGUAUGUUUUUUUUCUUUCUAUUUGAUGUAAUGGAUCAAACUGAAUAUCUUAUUGAAUGUUUGAUA